GAAACCCCGGAAAUUGACAAUGCGGUUUCAUUAUGUGAUAUGAGCACGAUAUGAUUGCAAGCUGACCGCAACUCUACCUUUUCAUUUCAUUUUUUGAGGUUCAGUGAUGAUAUGGCGACAUAUUCUAGAAGGAGUAGUAGAAUACAGCCUACCGAGCGAAGCAGUGCUGAAUCAAUCACGAAUAAAACACGUUCCUUCACUGAUGGUAUUUGGUUGAUUUUCUUCACGAUUUUCCUUAUAGGUUUGUUGUGUUUUUUGGGGUAUUGUGUUUUCUAUGGGGAUAUUUUCCGUACACUAAAUGGAUAUGAUAACUGCGGAUAUGUAUGUGGAAAACCAAACAAUUUUCCGGGAUCUCAAAGAAGUAAUCAAGAUUGUAGGGAUUACAAUAAAAUAGAGGAACGGUACCAUAUCAUGGUAACGAAUGAUGGGUCCAAAGAGAUAGAUAAGCUUUGUGUUUCUGAUUGUAGCAAAUAUAACGGAUAUAAACCAGUCUUCAACAGGUGCAUUCAAAAUAGGACAGGAAAGGUAGUCAAUAAUCUAUUUUCGAGAACUGGCCUGAAAAAUUUCUUCUCAGAAGUUUCGGAGGAUUUUCAAUUAUGCUGGCAAGAAAUGUGUUAUCUAUGUCUCAUAUCACUAGGAUGUUCCUUGACCAUCCUAGUUCUGUUCAGAUACGUUAUUGGGGUGGUGGUAUGGGUGGUACUUUUGGGUUCAAUUGCCGCUAGCAUAACAGGCACCGUCAUUCUAUGGACCAUGUGGAGGAAUUCCAAAAUGGAAAACGAUAAUACAACAUUGGGCCUUACAGAUAUAGAGUUUCGAAAAACGAAUACGUAUUUUGCUUUCGCAAUAUUGGCCAGUAUCGCCACUUUGGUCAUCAGUCUGAUAAUAAUAGUGAUGAGAAAAAGGAUCAAACUGGUCGUCCAAUUAUUCAAAGAAUCUGGAAAAGCUGUAGCAGCAAUGCCCGUUUUACUAUUCCAACCAAUACUGACUUUCCUAUGUUUGGGAGCAGUGCUGUUCCUGUGGUGCUACUUCUCCUUGUGGAUCGAGAGCUCUGGGGUGUUGGUGGAGAAACGUCAGCUGGUUUACUACUACGAAAAAGACGGCUGGAUGAGAUUCGCCAGAUGGUACAAUUUCUUCGGCAUGCUUUGGAUGACGCAAUUCGUCAUAGGAUGUCAGCACAUGGUCAUUGCUGGAGCCGUCAGCAUUUGGUACUUCAACAGGAAUAAAUCAGAAGUGAGACUGUCAGCAAUGCAAAGUGCUGGAAACCUUAUUCGUUAUCAUUUGGGAUCCAUAGCCCUGGGUUCUUUCAUUGUAGCGCUGGUGCAAUUCCUUAGAGUUAUAUUGAAGGCGAUAGAAAAGUAUCUUGGUAAAAGGCAAGGAAAAUGCGUGAAUUGUGCCUUGAAAUUUUGCCAAUGUUGCCUGUAUUGCUUCGAGAAAAUCUUGAAGUAUCUCAGCAGGAAUGCGUAUAUUGAAGUAGCGAUAAAUGGAUAUCCGUUUUGCAAGGCAGGCCGGCAAGCAUUCAAACUUUUGUCCUCAAAUGUGCUCAGAGUGGCAGCCAUCAAUUCCGUUGGAGACUUUGUUCUGUUUUUGGGAAAAGCGUUAGUCGUCGUAGCUACUGUUCUAAUCGGGAUCAAAUUGUUGCAGUUCAAAGAUGAAAUCCAUCACAUGUGGGUACCAGUAACUCUAUCGGGACUAUUCGCUUAUUUUAUAGCGCACUGUUUUAUUUCAACUUACGAAAUGACCAUUGAUACGAUAUUUUUGUGCUUCUGCGAGGAUUGUGAACAAAACGACGGAGCCGAAAAACCGUACUACAUGUCCAGAGGUCUCAUGGAAUUUGUAGAAAAUUCCAAACGAACACUAGAAAAUUCGGAAAAGCGAUGUGAAAGUCAAAGGAGAACGACCGACAUUGCGACUGUCAGUGGAAAAAUCGUUUGAAAUGUGAAUCUCCUUCAAGAUGAACGCCGUUUUCACAUGACACUGUCGUUGUGAAAGUCGUUGGUGAAUGGUAAAUAUUCUGAAGGGAACAAGUCUUCAUCAUAGUACGAACUAUUUAUAUCAUUUAUCAUGGAAUGUAAAUGACUUUAGACUGAUUAAUAGUCAAUGACAAGGAUAACGCACAAAUUUGUGAAACGCACUUAUUAUUGUGUAAAGUUGUACACUAACUUUUUUUGUGAUAUUUCGAUGACCAUUAUUGACUAUUUCCUUAUAAUAAAUAUGAACCAAUCAGUGAACUUGAUAAGAGACACAAGAUAUCACAACUGAUUCACUUCAUUAUCAAGAAAUAGUCGGCCAAAUUCUUUAAGUACAUUUGAAUUAUUGAACUUGCACCAAGAUAGUAGAUAUUUUUUCAAUUCUUCAUUCGAAUAAAUAAGUUUUGUAAUGUGAAAGUGAGUAGUUUGAAU